UGGAACGGUGAUGAGUUAAUUUUAAAAUUGAGCGCAUCGUUGGCACACACUGUUUUUUUCUUUCGUUGUGUUGGCUGUUUCCAUUUAAAAUCGUAUUCGCUCGUUGGUUCGCAUACAGGUUUGUGGCAGUUGUUUAUUCGUCGCGGCAAGCUAACAAUCUUGUGCUCACUCUUGGCCACAACAUUACGUUUCGUACAUGAUACCUGCCUUUCGCGUUGUCGUCAGUCAUUGUGCCGUGAUAACUCCGCGGUGGCUGUGCGUUUUCUUGGGAUGCGCUAAAAUAAAAUCUUUGCUUGACUGUGUUAUCAUAACGCAAAGCGACGUAACGUAGCGUAGCAUAAUUUUGUCGAUACUUUUUUGUGUUGUUUUUUUUUUCUUAAAGAGGGAGUGUGAGUUGUUAGGGCAUCCAUCCCUUCAUGUUUUUGUGAGAGUGUGAGUGUGUGUGUACGAGUAUAUGUGCGCGAGUGAUACUAUAGUGCGGAAUAAGCUGCUAUACAUAACACAAUACGGACAAUGGCAAAUGGGAGCAGGCAUUAGCACAGCAGUAGCAGCAGCCCCGCUAGCAACAAUUUCAACAGCAAUCCAAUCCAGUGCAGUCCUCAGUAAGUGCUUGUGAUAUUGGCGACGGCGGAUAUUCAAACUAAGAAAACAAAAAAACAACAGUGGAUUUAUAAUAACAAAUUUUUGGUUUACUGGUUGUUGGCAUUCCGUUCGCUUGUCGGUUGGACGUUUUAUCCGGUCGUUUUUGGUUUAGCUUGCUCUACCAACACACACUCAAUUAUAUUUGCUCCAUUUGUGCGCGACUGUGUGUUUGUGUGUGAGAGAGUGUGGGCCGGCAUUCGGUGACGGGGUUCUCAUAUACAUUUCAAUAUCAGUUUCGCUCCAUACAGCUGCUCAUUGGUAGUCGUCGUCUGCAGCCGCCACUUGAGGCUAGUUUGUGAUUAUACCCCGUGCAUAGCAGAAAUCGCGAAGCGCAGACAAAAAAAAACUACAAUAACCAACCAAAAAAAGAGAAAAAUAUUCGCUGAAACUCCUAAUCAAGUCAAAUUGAAACUUCAUCAUAUAGCAACGGCAACGGCAGUCAACGUACAUAUCCAACCAAUCAUUACCAAAUGGGGAAUCUCAAUACCCCCAUGUAGGGUUCGAAGAGUGUAUAAUAAGAAAUAAUUAAUAGAAAAGAAGUUCAAAACCAGUUCCAGCAUCACCAUAAACAUGUGAUAAUCGUAUUGAACAAAGCACAGAAAAAAUUGUAACGCGAGUGUUGAAUCCGGAAACGUUGAAAAAGAAAAUUCCUUGAAAAAUAUUCUAAAAAAGAAAUAAAUCGCGGUAUUGAAAUUUUUUCCACAUCAUUAUCACAUUAACAAAAACCGCAAAAUUACCCAUCUCAUUGCCGCGUGUAUAGUAUGCGAAUUUGUUCACAGUGGAUUCAACGAAUAAAAUGGCCGUUGGACCGACGGAGGGCAAGCAACAACCUCCCACAGAAAAUUUCUCACCCGCACCCGCCCAUCAGAUCAUAGCACCCAGCCCCAUAUUGGCUAUACCGACGCUUGCCUUUUCCGCCGCCCAGGUGGAGAUUGUAUGCAAAACGCUGGAAGAUUCUGGCGAUAUUGAACGUUUGGCCAGAUUUCUCUGGAGUCUGCCGGUGGCAUUGCCCAACAUGCAUGAGAUAUUAAAUUGUGAAGCGGUGUUGCGAGCUCGUGCCGUUGUGGCAUAUCAUGUUGGAAAUUUCAGGGAACUUUAUGCAAUAAUUGAAAAUCAUAAAUUUACAAAAGCCUCAUAUGGAAAAUUGCAGGCAAUGUGGCUGGAAGCCCAUUACAUAGAGGCUGAAAAAUUACGAGGACGCUCACUGGGUCCCGUAGAUAAAUAUCGUGUAAGGAAAAAAUUCCCAUUACCGCCCACCAUCUGGGAUGGUGAGCAGAAAACGCACUGUUUCAAAGAACGUACGAGAAGUCUCCUACGUGAAUGGUACCUACAGGAUCCCUAUCCAAAUCCAACGAAAAAACGUGAAUUGGCCAAGGCGACGGGCUUGAAUCCCACGCAAGUUGGUAACUGGUUUAAAAAUCGUCGUCAACGUGAUAGAGCGGCGGCAGCUAAAAAUCGGUUGCAACACAAUCAAAAUUCUGGUAUGGGUUGUAGACGUCGUCCCGAUGGUGCUCCCUCACCCACACCCUCCGACACUUCGGAUUCGGAUAUAUCGCUGGGCACCCACUCCCCAGUGCCGGGCAGUUUGCAUUUACAACACAGUCCUGGCUCCACCUCGAACGGGGCCAAUGAUCGUGACGAAAGUCUCAGCAUUGAUGAUGACAAACCACGCGAUCUUUCCAACUCCCUGACAUCCAAUAAUUUACCUGCUUAUCCGACGGCUACUUUGCCACCCUCGUGUCUGCCUUCGUUCAAACUGGAUGCGGCUGCAACAAGUCUCUUCUCGGCGGGCUAUUUGCAAAGUUUUGCCAACUUCAAGGAGAUGACACAACAAUUUCCCAUACAACCGAUGGUCAUACGGCCACAUCCCCAAUUGCCGCAAGCCUUGGCCGGUCUGAAUGGUGGCAAUCAUUUGCAUCCCAAUUAUGCGUCGGCAGCCUAUGUGGUUGAUUGUUCGACGGCCCAAACAACGGCGGGUCAUCCACCAAAAAUAAGAGUCAAUUCACCGGAAAAACUCAAUCUGACAGCGAAUAGCAUAGCGGCCACAUUAACGGCGGCAGUGGCCCAUCACCCCCACCAUGCACACCAUGCGCACCUGCAGCACCAGCAGCAGCAUCACCAACAGCUUCAGCAACAACACCCACCUCCAACAACGGUUCAGAGCCAGCGCAGCAACAGCAGCCCCACCAGUGUCUCAUCCACCGCCUCUGCCACAUCGGUCUCAGCAGCGGCGGCGGCGGCAGCUGCUGCGGCCACCGCCUUGACUACACCCUAUCAUCAUGGCGCCCAAUUUCUGCAUCGGCCCUUCUCCACAUCGCCUGACAUUGUGAAGCACAGUGCCACUGAGAUAACAUGAUGAUGUCUACGCACAGCCAAGGUCUAGUAAGUCCAGGGACAGGCAGUAGGCAGCGCCGC